AUGCUCACGUCCACUUACUACGACCUGUUCGAGCUCACGCUCAAGUUCCCGAAGGCCACGCUCGGCGACGCCAUCAAGGUCGCCGAGAUCGAGCUGUACUUGGGACUGUCGCGCGGGCUCACCAGCCUGCCGCUCAGCUACUAUGUGGACGGCGAACUGCUGUGCUUUCCUGAGCAGCACGAGUGGCGGCAGAAGUGGUCCAAGGUCAUCCAGAAAGACGUCUCGCAGAUGCUCACUUUUGCGUACAAUUUCGCGCACACCAUGCUGGCGAGAAAGCUGGCCGAGAAACCGGACUCCAGCAGGCCCGAGCUGCGCGUCUGCUACAGCACCGCGUGCCACUACUCGUUCGAGACGCUCAACCGGUUCCUUUUGCUGUCCAACAACCUCGUCAAGGGCUCGCCGUCGUUCCAGCUCAACCUCGCUGUGUACGCGUGCAUCACUCUGUGCGACUACCUCGACACAAUGGGCGCCGACGAGCGCAAGAUGUCGCUGAAUCUAAUUUCCAAGAUUUACUGGCAUCUCAACCAGGUCGGCGAGAAAAUGAACGACGCCACAGACACCAUCGCCAAGAUCGUGCGCAAGCUCGUCGACAUCGCCAACGAGACGCAGUCGCAGGCCCCGAAAGCGCGAAAGCCGUCCCAGAAUAGCCAGACACUCUCCGUGGCCGACCUGCCCCAACAGGUGGCCGAGCAGCUGCGCAUCCCAGCCCAGCCGUACUCUUUGCCUGGCCACGCAGAGCUGCGGCUGCCCGACGUCGCCGCAUUCGACAACUUUGAGGACUUUUUCAAGGACCUCUUCGACAGAUAG